AUUGGUGGAUUUUUUUUUUGCGCAAAGGUAGUGACGUUUGGCGCCAUUUGUCCAAGCAGACACAGAGUUGGGCGCACUUUUCAAAAAGCAUCGAGCUUAUUUAUAUUAGUUUAUUUGCUCACAUUUAAAACGGCAGCUAUAGCGUUGGAUAUACCGAUAGUGCUUAACCAAGGACGUUAAUUAUGUAUGAUCAAUAAUGUCAGUUUUAAGCUAAGUUGCUGUUUCAAGCAACCUGUCCCUUUGGCUUUGUAGCCAGCUAGCUAGCUAACUAAACUGUCUCGCGCGAGGAUCUUCUGCAGCACUUGGAAUUACCUGAAGAAUAAAAUGACUUUAACAUAGCUUGCUGAGUUACUAGCACAGCUAUUAAAUUAUUUAACACGCCGCCCUGUCCUGCCAUACGCCACAGGUCUCUGGCUUGUUAAAGCUAUGGCUGGGGCUGUUGCUAUGGCCUCUGUUAUUGAAGAUUUUGAGACUCAGCCCCGAAAACGACAAAGAAAAGACGCACCUCCUGUUAAGACGAUCACCAACUACUACUCUCCCGUGCCGAAGCCUUUCUCGCCCCCCAAGUCCAAUAUCUUGGAUUACUUCGGCAAGACUUCGCCGGCAGGGGUGAAGAGCAGCGCCGGCACUGCAGAGCAGACCAAGGAGAACAGGAACAGGGAGCCCGAGUCGCCCGGCUGUGCGGAGAGCCCUGCGAAGCCGCGCAAGCCCCAGAGGCUGAGGCGGGGCAGGAGGCCGGGCAGGCCCUCCAGGCUCAGCGCGUCAGCUGGGGAUGGACUCGCUGAGACGCCCCCGCAGGUGAUCGAGGUGUCCGAAUCGAGCUGCUCCAGCGACGGGGCGGUGGCGGAGGCGGCGGCGGCAGGGAAGCAGGCCGCGGGGGUCCUGGGCAGCGAAACCGCGGCUCUCUUGGCUCAGAUCAGCCGCGACGACUGUGUCGUGGACGAGACCCCGAGCGGGGCGGAGCCUGCGCCGAUAAGCACCCUUCCCAAAAAGAGCGCCAGGGAGAGCCUCACGGAAGGGAGCCCUGAUGAUGAGCAGCAUCUGGAGGAGGGACCCAGUCCGUCCGUACAGCUGUUGGAUCAGGCAUCCCCAGGGGACAAGAGGAAAAGGGGAAGGCCUGUUGCCAAGCCUGUCGGGAAGACCAAAUGCAGUUUGCAGAAGUGCUCACCAGAGGCCCAAGAGGCUGAUGGAUCCCCGUGUGACACCAGCCUGGAGGGCAAAGCAGAUGAGCCCUCUCAGCUAAACAACAGCACCGUCGUCAUCUCCUUUGAGGACUUUGUGCAGAGUCAGAACCAGGAGGACAGCAGCGCCUGUGUGGAGACCCCCGAGAACAAAGCAGAGGUGUUGGCUGCACCGCCUUCUGCCGAAGGCCAGCCCGGACCUUCCCAGCAAGUGUCGCCACGAACGCUCACCGUCCAGGCUGAGGUGCACCCCGUCUCCCCGGCGACCGAGCUGGCCAGGGCUGCGGACCAGAGGCUGGCGUCCAUCUUCACGCGGCGGCGGCGAGGGAGCGAGGGCGGGGAGGGCAAAGCAACGGGUUCCCCCCCUCCCCAGGAGAAGCCCGAUCCGCCCCUGGGGCCCGUCCGGAGGUCCAACGUGGUCCUGCGGGAGGACGAGCUGGAGCUGUCCGUCAUCGAGUCCAGCUCCGCGCCCAAGUGCAGCCAGGCGGAGAGGAAGCAGUUCAUGAACGCGUUCAAGCAGGCCAGCCUGGACAGCGGAAAGGGGAAAGCGAAGAAGGGCCCGGGCAAACAGGGGGAGGCCGGGGACGACGCUCAGCCGGAGGAGGCAGAGAGGCAGGAGGAGGACGCGCAGGAGGAGCAGGGCCAGGCCUCUACCCCCGCCCUGAAGGUGGAGCAGGAGAAGCCGGCCAGGGCUGGGCAGAAGCGAGGCGGCAAGCUCAGGAAAAGUGGCAGGAAGAGAGCCCAGGAGGAAGCCGUGGUCCCCGUCCCGGCUGCGGCGCUGGAGGAGCCGGUGCUGCUCGAGGUGGGGAGCGAGGCCGACGGCGAUGGCGCGAAAGACACGCCCUUUUCCACACCAGCUGGCAGGGGACCGGUCCGGAGGUCUGCCCGGACCCGCCCCUGCAGUGUCACCCCUGCCCGGGAAGAGGCCACGCCUCCCCCUAAAACCAGGAGUCGGGAUAGGUCGAAAGGUCGGGGGGGCACUGAGGACUGUUCAGCCGAGGCUUCCACGCCCAGAACACGCAAGCCCAAGCACGGCAUGUACAGAGCCGAGAUGAUCUCUCCCCCCGAUGCCAACGGCAGCCCUAUCAGGAUGAGAUUGCGACGUGUCUUUCCAAACUUCGAACACCAUGAGUCUGGUGAUGCAGAUGACUUGCAGAUACUGAGUCCCUUAGCAGUUCAGAAGUCCAGUGUGUCUAAGAACAGGAAACAGGCCAAAAAGCUGGUCCAGAAGGCCCGGGUUCUCCAGCAGAACAAAAAGGCGGCGGCGGCGGCUAACGCUGACAGUGAGGCCCCCGUGAGGCGCCUGUCCCGAAAUCGGGACGUCCAGAAGAGCUCCUGUGAGGACGAGGACUCCAGCGUGUGCCCGCCGGACGGGCAGAGCAGCCCCGCCCCCGCUGCCGAAGACAAGGCCAGCGGUCAGAAGCGCCUGCGCAGCCUGAACGAUGUUCUGGGAAGGACCGCUGCUGAGAACAGAGCGGUCAAGAGCACCGCAGCCCCGAAAGUGGCCGCCGUGUUUCUGGGGAAGAAGCCUCCGAAGCCUUCAGCGGUCAUCUCCAUACUUGACGACAGCAGUCGGGAGGGCUCCGAGAACUCCCAGGAUGACGAGGAGUUCAGAGCCCGCCGGGACUUCCUGAAGAGCGGCCUGCCGGAGUCCUUCAAGAGGCAGGUGGCGAGGACCACGGCCAGCCGCGACGCCUACUCCCUGGCCUGCGCCUCCUUCCAGGCCACGGUGCACGUGCUGCAGAGGCCUCCAGAGUGUCCUUUUUGGGGCCUGCCGUGGCCUGGGUCCUCACUGUUGAAACGCCUAAAUGGAGCUGGUCUGGAGCCCCCAAGACCUCUUCUGCCACCAGGAGCGCUGGACUGCAUAAAGACUGAGCCUGCCCUCAGAGCCCAUAUGGACAAGGGCUCUGGCUGGAGGCAGGAUUUCUCUGAGGACGUCCGCAGACGCCUGCUGGAGGAGAUCAGGGCGUCCAACCCCCCGUUCCCCGUGCGCCGGUUCUUCGCCUGGUUCCUGAGGAGGCGCGAGGAGCACCUCCUGCAGCCCGCGUCUGCCGAGGCGGACGGAGACCCCGAAACCCCCAGCCUCCCAGAGCCCCCUGAGCUGGGCGGGAAGCGCAAACGCAGGCGGGACGGGGAGGGGGAGGGGGAGGGGGUCCAGAAGGUGCCCAAACGAAGGAGGUCUGCGCGAGGGGAGCGGGAGGCCAUCGUGAUAGCGGACGACCCCCCCGCCGCCCGCGGGACCGCCGUAGGGCCGCCGGACCCCCCCGCCCGGGCGCCGGCGGGCAGGGGGCGGCUCAGCCGGGCGCGCGGGGGCGGGCAGCCGCGCCAGGAGGCCGACGCCGACGCCGCGGAGCGAACGCCGGCCCAGAAAGGCCCCGUGAUCCUACUGGAGGACACGCCGCCGCCCGGGCAGGCUGAGAGAGAAUGUGUGAGGGAGGACGUGUUGUGGACGGAGAAGUAUCAGCCCCAGCACUCCACCGAGGUCGUCGGGAAUUCGGCUGCGGUGAAGAGGCUGCGCAGCUGGCUGGAGGAGUGGAAACAGAGAGCCGACCGCGAAGAGAGGAGGAAUCGGAAGGAGAAGAAACAAGAGGACAACAGCAAUGACUCCUGGGACUGCGGUGAUUUCCGGGGUGAGGGUGAUGUGGAGGACGGGGAAGAGCUGCUGGGUAACACCCUGCUGAUCACAGGCCCUCCUGGAGUGGGGAAGACUGCUGCCGUGUACGCCUGUGCUCAGGAGCUGGGCUUCAAGGUUUUCGAGGUGAACGCGUCCUCCCAGCGGAGUGGGCGCCAGAUCCUGUCCCAGCUGAAGGAGGCCACUCAGUCGCACCAGGUGGACAUCCAGGGGGUGAACGCCCACAAGCCUUCCUACUUCAGCAGCUACAGCACCGCCAGGCCUGCCUUUUCCCCACGGAAGGUUAAUUCCCCCAGGAAGGUUCUGCCCUCCCCCAGGAAGGUCGUGUCCUCCCCCAGGAAGAUUGUGUCCUACCCCAGGAAACCUCUCCAUUCCACGGGCAGGCAGCCAAAGAGAGGAGCGCUGGCCCCCACUUCACUGGCCAGCUUCUUCAAAAUGGCCGGCAAAGCCAAGGGCAGAGACCCGAGCGCUCGGGACGACCCGCCACAAAAUGAAUCCGGCCCUCAAAAACCGGUAAAAACGAAGGAGAGUGUCCCGAAGGCCAAGGAGCCCCCCGUCAAACCGUCACGUGACAAGAAGGAGCCCCCGACGGAGGAGCAGAACAAAAAGGCCGCCACGUCGCUCAUUCUCUUUGAGGAGGUCGAUGUCAUUUUUGACGACGAUUCCGGAUUCCUGGCUGCGAUCAAAACCUUCAUGACCACAACCAAGAGACCUGUGAUUCUGACCACUAGCGAUCCUACAUUUAGUGAGAUGUUCGAUGGAAAUUUUGAGGAGAUCCACUUUAAAACGCCUUCAGCGUGGAACGUGGACAUCCGAGGCCUGCUGCCUGCGCUGGGUGCGGAGGACGGAGGGGGACCCUGCUCGCUACAGGCCCUCACCUGCCUGAUAUCGCCCAGCCCUACGUUAGAGCGAAGUGAAAAUGGCACUCCGCAGUGGUGCAGCAGUGAUGGGCGGCUUUGGCAUGGCCUGGAGAAGCCUGUUCUAACAGGCCUGGGUUGCUGUGCUUUCCCCUCUGCGUGGUUUGCAGCUGUCACUCAGGGGGAGACGGGGUCUGCGGGUGCAGCAAAGCUGGCAGACGAGGAGCCGGCAGCCAGCUCCACUUCCUGUGACUCCAGAUGCACUGAAAGCCUGCUGGGAAUCCUGAACAUCGAUGGUCCACAGGACCUUUCUGACAUGCUCAAGUGCACAUCCUCGGCAGAGCCACAGAGCAGCAGGUGUCUGGAGCUGCUGGUGGAGAGCUGGGGCAGGGGUGUGGACCUGCUGUACUCCAACAUGGAAGCGCUCCUGCCUCUGCCCGUCAGCGCCCUGCAGCGACCCCUCCUUGGCCAGCAGGGGGCGCUCAAAGCGGAGCCGGCCGAGGAGGCGAGCCCGGUGAAGGCGUCCUCCAGGAUGCGGAGCAGGAAGCGCUCGGGUUUGUCGGACAGGGAUCUGUUUCAGUCCGACUCGGACUCGGACGACGGCUUCCUCUCUCUGCCGAAGCUUCACGGCGCCCCCGCCUCCGAAGCGGAGGAGCCCUCCGCCGGUGCCGACGCGCCUCGGCCAGACCCCGCCGCGGAGGCGCCUCCGCCAGGACCCGGGCCCCUCCGGCCGAAGAAGGCAGAGCGCUCCCCGGAGGAGCGGAGGCGCUCCGAGCUGGUCUCCAGCUGCCUGGGCUCCUUGGCGGAGUUCAUGGACCACAUGUCUUUCCUGGACUCGUCCCUGCAUCACCAGCGCUGGCAGCCGGAGGGCGCCUGCAGGCCGGGGGCGUUCGGCUGGACGGGGGCCGCGGUGAAGAACGGGCUGUCGGACGAGCCGAGGGUGGAGGACGCGAGCGGGGCCUGCUGGGGGAGCUCCGCGCAGAUUCGGGCCACGGUGGAGGGCAUGAGCUUCCGCAGGUGCCGGUCCAGGGUCUCGGAGGCGUGGGCCGAGCCCCGGGGGCUGCAGGCCGAGCUGGGGGAGCCAGGCGUCAGCCAGCUCACCCUCCCCGUGGGCCCCCACAGAACGGCCCUGAGCUUCUGCCAGACCAGCCCGUGUGAACCCACCGUGACGCAGAGGCGUUGCGACGUCAUGAAGACCGUGCUAACCAGCAGAGCUUUCGGCACGCUAGGCAACAAGCCGGCCACGGCCACGGACUACCUGCCUUUCCUGCGUUCCGUCUGCCGGUCCGAGAGGGCGAAGGAGCAGGGCAAGGUGAAGCGCAGGUUUCUGCAUUAUCUGGAUUCUAUUCACCUUGGCCUCUCAAAAAACACUGUCCAGCUCCUGGCAGCUGAUUUCCCCUGAUGUGAACACCGGUCUUCCUUUCUCAUCAUGUAAUGUCCUCUUCCAUGUAAUCUUCUGUACAGUGAUUUCCACAGGUGCUCAUAUACUAUAUGCAAGUCAGAGUAAAAUUUUUUUUUUCCUGUUUGUUUUUAUUCUUGCAGUGGCUUUGUACAGACGGCAACAAGUCGUAUGUAAAGUUGUGUAUUUUUGUACUGUUUAGAACUCAUUUUUUAAAAAAUAUCAAAUAAAUUUACCUCUUGUUUGACAGCAAACUUCUAAUACAAUCAUUGUUAAAUCUCCAGCAGCUUCUAUGUACAGAUGAAUUGAGUGAAGAAAUUGAAAUAAAUUUUUGCAUCUGUAAAAAGCUAUAGGGCUGUUUCCCUUCGUCUGGUAAGGGGGGGGGGGCGACACCUGAUUAUAUUAGAACAGAGAUUCGUGUAGAACAGCCCCUGAUUCCAGCAAGGUAUACGUGAACAUCUCAUUUGAAAUAAAUCCCAUUAACUGCA